AACAUUAAUGUGAAGUGGGCAUGUCUAGUCUGUGGGAACUACCACCUAGACCUGCGUGAAAGUAUAAACUACAUAACAGUGAAAACCUCCAGACCUGUAGCGGUGAUCACACGAAGUACUAUCACUCUCAUGGACAGUUUUCAGUUCCUGAAUGCUUCUUCAAAGUCUACAAUGCAGAUCUUCAUAGUUUUCCUUAUGUUCCUGACCCAGACUUUGUGGUCCAAUAGCAUCUUGCCUUGUGAGGCAGAGACUGUAAGAGAUGAGGGUGGAGUCUAUGCAGAGAAGCGUCAAGGUGCCAGACCGAACUUCAUCAUUCUGUUUGUGGAUGAUUUAGGCUGGGGAGAUCUCGGAGCAAAUUGGAACGAGGAUGGACUUCCGAGUGACACACCAUUUUUAGAUGAACUAGCUGCCAAGGGAACAAGGUUCACAGAUUUCCAUGCUGGGGCAUCACUGUGUACGCCAUCCCGUGCCGCCCUCCUUACAGGAAGACUGGGUAAGAGGACUGGCGUAGUGGGUAACUUCAAUGUACAAUCCUGCGCAGGGAUGCCUUUGAAUGAGACCACCAUGGCCGAAACCUUCAAUGCCGCGGGGUACCGAACUGGUAUGAUCGGCAAGUGGCAUCUUGGGAUAUACGGUGGGUUCGGUCCAGUGCACCGAGGUUUUGAUUCCUACUUGGGCAUUCCUUACAGUGAUGACAUGGGAUGUGUUGACAACCCUGGCUACAAUUUACCGCCAUGCCCACCUUGCAAUCACUCAACUGGAUAUGGUACAUUGUAUGAUCUCUUUCUAAAGAUACUGGCUAAAGGUACAUUUCCAUGCAAUAAGAUGGCAGCUGUGCCCUUAAUUGAGAACACUACAAUCAUUGAACAACCAGUAGAUCUAGCAGCUGUAGCAGGUCACUACAAGAAACAUGCAAGUAGCUUCAUCAAGCAAAGUGCCCAGGAUGGCAAGCCAUUCCUACUGUAUGUGGCCUUCACUCACGUCCAUGUCCCGCUACUUUUUAACACCAAAUUUGCCGGCACUUCUGCCCGAGGCCCAUUUGGCGACACGGUCCGGGAACUGGAUGACACAGUGGCAGGCAUCAUGGAGGCAGUGAGGCAGGCAGGAGUGGAGAAUGACACCAUGGUCUGGUUCACAAGUGACAAUGGACCAUGGGCAGCUAAAUGUCUCUAUGCAGGCAGCAGUGGUCCAUUCCUGGGUCUCUGGCAAAAGACUAAAGGUGGUGGGGGAAGCACAGCCAAGAUGACCAUCUGGGAGGCUGGUCACCGAGAGCCGACAUUUGCCUACUGGCCAGGUCACAUACCAGCUGGUCGCGUCUCCGACUCCUUACUCAGUGCCUUGGAUAUCUAUCCGACCAUCGCUUCUAUUGCUGGCAUCCCGAUGCCUAAGUAUCGUGGCUACGAUGGCAUGGAUGUCAAGGAUGUGCUCUUUGGAGGAUCCAUAUAUGAACGGACUCUCUUUCACCCAAAUAGCAUGGCAUCAGGAGCUCUUGGUGACAUAGGUGCUGUCAGACAGGGACGCUACAAAGCCGUGUAUCAAAUAGGCAGUGCCAGGCCAAACUGUCUUGGGGAAACCAGCCCUCCGCGCCACCGUAACCCCCCACUGAUCUUUGACAUCUACAAAGAUCCAGCGGAAGGACAGCCGCUUGACCAGAGCUCAGCUGAGUACAAGAGUGCCCUCCAGGACAUUGAGGCCAGCCUGCAAGCUUUUCUGGAGGACGUCAAGCAAGACAACACAACAGUGGCGGAUUACAGGCAAGACCCACGCUGCAUUCCAUGCUGCAACCCGAAUCAAGUUGACUGCAGAUGCAGUGGCUGACAUUACAUUUCAAGAUUGCAGUACUGUUCCACAUAAGCCUUCUGAAUACAUGUAGUACUAUGCACUAAAUAGUGAAAUCACAUUCUAUUAAUGACUGGAGUUGAGUCUAUACACCUGUGCAUGCAUUCAUGCCUGCAUAUUUUUCUGAAACGUAUCUGAUUAAUUUGGACCUAUUACUUAAGCAGUCAAUAUUUUCGUACUCAAUUUGAAGGCUGAAAAAGGUUUGUAUUCAAGGAGCCAUCUGAAUAUUUUGGAAAUAUUUCUAUAUAUUUUGUUAACCUGUUGUAUCUGAUUAUUUCACAUCUUUAAAAAAGAUUGAUCUUUUAAGGUAAAACAGCAAGUGCUUUAUACAAUUUCAUCAAUAUUUUCAAAUUUACCAGGAAGUUGUACUCAGCUUUAUCAUUAAUAAAAAAUUGGAUGACUUCAAAAGUCAAGAUUAUCAAUGUGUGUAGAUCGUUCUAUAACUUUGAUGAGAAGAAUCAGUUCAUGUUGCUGAGUAGAUGUUCCAUACUGAAGUAUACAAAAAUGUCAACACUGAAUUUCAUUUUCUUUUUUUUCACACACACUUUAAAUCUUUCAGUUUGUGAAUAAAACUCUCAAGCAAUAUA